AUGCAGAAGAUCAAUAAGAACGUGGUCCUGGCGCUCCUUUCUCUGACCAGCCUGGCGUUCCUCCUCUUCCAGCUGUACUAUUACAAGUUCUACCUAUCGCAGAAGAAUGGAGCUGUUUUUUCAAAAAUCAGAGGAAGCCAGUCAGGGCAAGACAGCACUAGAUGGCAUGUGGUUAGGAAGUUCCUAGACUUAAUAUCCAGUCACAAUAUACCAGUGUAUUUGAUCGAUCCUUUGAUUCUGGGACUGGUUGAUAAAGACAUUGAACAGAUCAGAAGUUCUCCUGAUGGUCCUAGUCCAGAAUGCAAGUACUUCUGCGCUCCAAGAGACUUUACAACAUUUGCACUACUGGACAAAACGUGGAAACAUGAAGUGGGCUUUUUUAGAACUGCUGAGAAAAUGGGGUUCCAGUGGCUAAAGAUUAUGAACAAGGACCCCCGCUUGGAUGGGAUGGAUGACCUGUCUGGGAUUGAAAUUCCCUUGCACUACAUAUUUAAGCUGGCAUCUCAUGCCAUUCACCUGGUGGUCUUCUAUGAGAGGAGCGGUAAUUAUCUCUGGCAUGGCCCCCUGAGACUCAAGCAACAUAUGGACAGGAAGUUUGUGCCUUUCCGGAAACUUCACUUUGGUCGCCACCCUGGAGCAUAUGAAAAGCCAGAACUUCUGCUUGUUUCCAUUGAUGGCUUAGAAGUUCAAAUUCCAAAAAAUCCAUCCAGUUUUCUAAAGGAGAUAUCAUACUCUAGAUUUCUUGAAUGUAGGUACAGAGAAGCUCGGGCUUUCUUUCAGCUGUAUCCUGAUGAUGCCUCUCUUGAUGCAGUGGACUUCAGAAAAAAAGCAAAAUCCUUGCUCCAUCUGGCUGCCCUGACACUAAAUGAGUUAGGAGUAAAGUUCUGGCUGAGCAGUGGAACAUGCCUUGGCUGGUAUAGACAGUGCAAUGUCAUUCCUCACAGUAAAGAUGUGGAUUUGGGAGUCUUUAUAAGAGACUACAAAGCAGAUAUCAUUCCAGCCUUUCAGAAAGCAGGUUUACCACUGAAGCACAAAUUUGGCAAGGUAGAAGACAGCUUAGAACUCUCUUUCCAGGGAGAAGAUGAUGUGAAACUUGAUAUUUUUUUCUUCUAUGAAGAGAAUGACCACAUAUGGAAUGGAGGAACUCAGGCCAAAUCGGGCAAGAAAUUUAAGUAUGAACUGGAUUUGUACCUCUUAUUAGUGGAAAAAAAUUGA